AUGAACCCACAAGAACCGGCUGCGCUUAGCGCGUCGCAGUACUCGCCGACUGCGAGCGCUCUCCACCCUCCGAGCGUGCAGCACAACACGCAGGUCUUGGGCAGCAUUGCGACGCUCACCUCGUGUUUCGCCGGCCUCGUCGCCGGCGUCCUGGGCCUCCCCAACCUCUCGGGCUUUGGGCUGUACCUCUGCACUGCGCUGCUCACCGGCCUCGUUUCCGCCCUCAAAUGCGGCAUGGACGUCGGCCGCUACGUCCCUGACGCGCAUGCGUCCGCCGGCCCCCUCGGCGCAGCCAAAGCAAGUACCUGGCGCGGCUGGGUCGGCGUGGCGGGCAUCAGCGGCGAGAACCUCCUGGGAUACUUGCUGUUCUGGAUCGGGGGGUAUGCGCUUGUGCAUGUGUACGACUAG